AUGUCUAAAGUCUUCAAUUUCAGUGGCAAUGAUGAUAUUUUCCCUGGGGGGUUCUUGUACCCAAAUCCAAAGGAAUCGAGUCUCAUUUUGUCCCUUGGUCAUCAUGUGGAUGUGUACGUUCCUCCUCGUAAGAGGUCUCGUGUCAGUGCCCCGUUCUUUAUCAGCAGAGAGCAAAAGCAACAGCCAUCAAUUGAAGUUCUUCCUGACGAAUGCCUCUUUGAGGUGUUCAGACGCCUUACUGGAGGCCAAGAGAGGAGUGCAUGUGCAGGUGUCUCUAAGCGUUGGCUUAUGCUUUUAAGUUGCAUUCAGAGGGAUGAAAUAUGCAAUAAUGAAACCACUUUACCUGUGGAGCCUGAUAGCAGAUCUAGUAUUAAGAAGGCAGAUGAGUCAGCAAAGCCAAACGAGAAGGGUGGAUUUGUAGAUUCAAAUGGAAUUAAAGCUGAAGUUGAGGAGGAGGUCUUGGAGAUAGAUGUUGGUGGAUAUCUUUCUAAAUGCCUUGAAGGGAAGAAAGCUACUGAUGUAAGGCUGGCUGCCAUUGCUGUUGGAACUGGACAUUGUGGAGGUUUGGGCAAGCUAUCCAUCCGAGGAAGCAGUUCUACUCGUGGGUUGACAAAUUUUGGCCUCAAGGCCAUUUCUCGUGGUUGCCCUUCUUUGAGAGAGCUUUCAAUUUGGAACUUAUCAUCAAUUGGUGAUGAAGGGCUACUUGAGAUUGCAAAUGGCUGUCAUCUGCUGGAGAAGCUUGACCUAUGCCAUUGCUCAGCAGUUACAGACAAGGGUUUGCUUGCUAUUGCAAAGAACUGUCCCAAUCUGGUAUCAGUUACAAUAGAAUCUUGCUCAAACAUUGGAAAUGAGAGCCUGAAAACUUUGGGAUGUAGAUGCCCCAACCUGAAGUCCGUUACUGUUAAAAAUUGUCCUCUCGUUGGGGACCAGGGAAUUGCAGGUCUAUUUUCAUCAGCUGGUAAUGUUGUUACAAAGGUGAAGCUUCAGGCACUUAACAUCAGCGAUGUGUCUCUUGCUGUAAUUGGGCACUAUGGCAGUGCAAUGACUGACCUUGCGCUUAUUGGACUCCAAAAUGUGAACGAGAGGGGCUUCUGGGUCAUGGCUAGUGGUCAAGGUUUGCAGAAGCUGAAGUCUUUGACAAUAACCACUUGCGGAGGAGUUUCUGAUUUAGGGCUUGAAGCUAUUGGUAAAGGUUGCCCAAAUCUGCAUCAGAUUUGCCUCAGAAGAUGUCCACUUGUAUCAGACAAUGGAUUGGUUUCUUUUGCUAAAUCUGCAGGGUCACUUGAAAGUCUUCAAUUGGAGGAAUGCCAUAGGAUUACCCAAUGUGGGGUUUUUGGCAUCUUUGCAAAUUGUGGUGGAAAAUUGAAGGCUCUUGCCUUGGCCAAUUGCUUGGGAAUUCAGAACAUAAACUAUGUAUUUCCAUCGACAUCUCUUUGCUAUUCACUUCAAUCACUGACCAUCUGCAACUGUCCAGGAUUUGGUAAUGCUAGCUUGGCCAUGGUGGGUAGACUCUGCCCCAACCUGACUCGUGUGGAACUCAGUGGGCUUCAGGGAAUAACUGAAUCUGGGCUUCUACCUUUUGUUCAGAGCUCUGAAGCUGGUUUGGUGAAGGUAAAUCUUAGUGGAUGUGUUAAUUUGACCGACAACGUUGUUGCAACCAUUGCUAAGCUGCAUGGGAGCACUCUCGAGGUUCUGAAUCUUGAAGGCUGCAGAUUCAUAACUGAUGCAAGCCUGGUGGCAGUUGCAAGGGAUUGCUGGCUGCUGAAUGAACUUGAUCUUUCUAAUUGUGGAAUUACUGAUUCUGGGAUUGCGGCGUUGGCUGGUGCCAAGCAUCUGAAUCUGCAGAUACUUUCCCUGACUGGUUGCUCUUUGGUAUCUGACAGAUCUGCACCUUUGUUGGUGGAUAUGGGCAAGACAAUGGUGGGGUUGAACCUCCAGCAUUGCAAUGGAAUCAGCUCUGAUGCUGUUGAUCUGCUUGUUGGGCAACUUUGGGGGUGUGAUAUACUCUCCUGA